CUUGAACCAUAUUUUAUCGACUUGCAUCAUAUUGAGAUUCCAUCCACAUUUGUUUGAGACUGAACAAAAGUAAAAGCACGCAGUACUAAUCCUACGUUUUUUUUUGUUAUUUAGCAAGUGAUUUAGCAAGUUUAUUUCUUGCCUUACCAUUUAUCAAGCUGCGAGUAAACGCUUCCAAUCAGCUGAAUAUAUAAAUAUUCAAAACAAUGUCAGACACUGUCGGAAAGGUGAUCAAAUGCAAGGCUUUUGUGGCAUGGAAGGCAAAAGAGCCUCUGUCUCUGGAAGAAAUCGAAGUAGCACCACCGAAAGCGCACGAAGUUCGCAUCAAGAUAGCAGCUGUGGCACUUUGCCAUACAGAUGCUUACACUUUAGAUGGGUUGGAUCCAGAAGGGACAUUUCCCUGCAUACUUGGCCAUGAAGGAAGUGGCAUUGUGGAAAGUGUCGGAGAGGGUGUCGAUGAAUUUCAAUGUGGUGAUCAUGUUGUGCCACUUUACAUUCCCCAAUGUGGGGAGUGUAAGUUCUGUAAGUCACCGAAAACAAACCUGUGCAGCAAAAUUCGUGAUACUCAAGGUAAAGGCUUAAUGCCUGAUGGUACAUCUCGUUUCAUGUGCAAGGGACGGUCAAUUGCACAUUUCAUGGGUUGCUCCACCUUCUCUGAGUAUACAGUGGUAGCUGAUAUUUCUCUCGCAAAGAUUACACCUGAAGCGCCAUUGGACAAAGUAUGCCUCUUGGGUUGCGGAGUAUCCACAGGCUAUGGUGCAGCUUUAAACACUGCAAAGGUAGAGCCUGGAAGCACUUGUGGUAUAUGGGGGUUAGGAGCUGUCGGUAUGGCCGUGGCACUCGGCUGCAAGAAAUCUGGCGCAUCUCGUAUUAUCGGAAUAGAUCUUAAUCCCAACAAAUUCGAGCAAGCUAAACUCUUUGGAUGCACAGAAUUCAUUAAUCCCAAGGAUCAUGAUAAACCUAUCCAGCAGGUGUUAACCGAGAUGACUGACGGUGGACUAGAUUAUACCUUUGAAUGUGUUGGAAAUGUAAACACUAUGAGGGCCGCAUUGGAAUCCUGCCAUAAAGGAUGGGGCACGUCCGUGAUAAUAGGAGUGGCCGCGGCUGGACAGGAGAUCAGUACUAGACCGUUCCAAUUGGUCACAGGCCGAGUGUGGAAAGGAAGUGCGUUUGGCGGAUGGAAAUCAAAGCAAAGCAUACCGAAACUGGUGGAUGAGUAUCUGUCGAAGGAAUUGCUUCUCGAUGAAUUUAUCACGCACCAUUUCCCGCGCGAGAAAAUCAACGAGGGGUUUGACUUGCUGCAUUCGGGAAAUUGCUUGAGAGCUGUUAUUAAAUUCCAGUAAUUAAGUUCCUUGCUUCUCAUGCCGGCUCCAUACGGUCUUUUGAUUCUGGUGAUUUACGUGAAUCCACGAUUUACGUGAAAAAUAUACACGAUAAGAUACAUAUAUAUAUAUAUAUAUAUACAUAUGUGAGGUUUUCUAUUCACGAAUUGUACUGUUCGUUUGUUACGUACUUUUGCAUGUACUGAAUGACGAUGCUAGAAACAAAAGAGAUUCAAUAAAUUUGGUAUCAAUAUCA